CAAGCAAUGGCCCCGCGGCCCCGCCCUUCGAGUUCUCCGGCGUCACAAUCCCCCCAAGACUCAAGAGCAUUGGCAGACAGCUGAGCCAGCUGGGCAACGACUUUCUUACCACGCAGCCAGACCAGGAGCCCAAGUCACAGCCCAGAGGGGACGGGAAAGCCCCAGAUAUACCAGGCAUGGGCGAUGAUCCCAUCCUCUGCCCGUAUUGCGACAAGCCGCUGCCUCCCAGCCUCUUUGCCCAGGUCGCGGAGCACUCACAUCGUCACCAGACACUGGGUCCGUCUCGGCCCUCUUCAGUUCCAUCGUCUGCCGUAUCCGCCAAACUAGGACCCACGCCUGGGCAUAAAAGUGCGGACAAGACUACGUCAGAUGCUUUGAGUGCAACAGUAAGGAAUGGUGAUGCAGCGAAUCACUCUGCAGUCGUUAAUACCAUCUCGCCUGCAGACAUUGCUAGGUGGUCGUCCCUUGCGGGUAUUUCCAUCACCAUGCCGGAGCCAUCAGGGCCGUCACAAGGUAUUCACAAAGCCAAAGAUGCAGACGCAAAGCCGUUUCCAAUGAUACCGCCCCCGCCUCCGCCUAACAAGCUCACCCGACCUCCUCCUGCUUCGCGACACAACUCUGCUGAUUCCGGAUCGAGGUUUGGGUUUUUCCGAAGAGAUUCCAAAAGAGAAGACGAUAGUGACGGAGAGGGUGAGGAUAGAGGAAGCGGUUAUGCAAAACUGGGCGCGGGUGGGAGUGACGACGAGGAAGAAGUGACGUCUGGCAAGAAAGAGCAGCAUGAUGGUGUCAACGAGGGAGAUGACGAUGCCAAAGUGGAAGACAACGCUAGCCUUGACCUCGGAGAUCAAGACAAGAACGGACAGGUUGAGGAUGAAGGACGGCCUGAAUCCACGGCUAAAGACCCCGGAGAAGUUUCGAGCGUUGACUCUAACAGCGACUUGAAAAACGUGAUGCAAGAGAUUCUUACCAAGGUGAAUCAAAUGACCGCAUCCCAUAAUCAACUCCUCGACUCCCAUUCUUCCUUGCUCACGUCCCUCAAAAUUGCCCGUUCAAAUCUGGCAAUGGCGGAAGCAAACUCUGAAAUGCUCGAAGAACAAUUGAAACGGCAGCCCUCUACCUCCAGCGCCCGAGUAGUCUCGGGCCCUGCUGCAAGUCCAGUGACAUCAAACUUUACACACGCAAGUCGUCCGUCUAGCCCCAUGCCUGGCAACAUAUCAGACCAACGGGCACGACCGUCAAGCUUAAAUCUGACGUCAUUGCCCACCAAUUCCGCUCCAUCUUCAGCUGCGCCCGAAAGCAGCAAGUCAUGGUUCUGGUCCAAUAACAAGAAAAGACCCAACGAAGCCCCUGUUACAGGCGGCAGAACGAGCGGGGAGUAUUUGAAGGGACUGACAAGCCCACCUAUGGCUGUGCCGUACGGUGGAGCACUGCCUGAGGGGAGGCCUAUGCCAGCUAGAUCGGCCACACAUUCUGGUCAGUUGGCUACUGGAGUCAGUAAAUCGCUUGGCGCGGAUAGCAUUCUCUCCAAACAAUCAUCUACUCGCCCUAGUACACCUACCCAAACACCGGGGCCUGUACCCGUCUCGAAUGCGGAACUUGCCUCCCUUCGCACUGCCUACUCGUCUGCCCUAUCCAAGCUCUCUUCUUUGACCGCUGAGCUCACUGAUUUGAAGCGCACCAACUCUGCCAUGGAGGCUGAGCUUGAGUCUCUUUCCCAAGCACUGUUUGAAGAAGCCAACAAGAUGGUGGCGGAUGAGAGAAAGAGGCGGGCAGAGAUGGAGGAGAAUCUGAAGGAGGUUAGAGAGGAGAGAGAAGCAUUGAAAGAGACCGUUAAAGUGCUGGGAGGGAAGGUGAGCCCGCCCAAUGAAGAUGCGGAUGCCAAGCCACCAAAGAAAAACGAGCCAGAAGAAGUGGAGGAGGAGAACAUCAUCCCCAGAGACCUUGAUAAACACUAUGCCGCUCUUCGCAAGUCCAUUCACAACGUUGCCUCCCCUCCCAUCUCGCCACCCGCCGACGCAUCCCGCCUUCCGGCUACCUUUGAACUGCCUGAAUCGGGUCUUGCUUCGCGUGCAUCCCCAGAGGAAGUGGGUAGGCCGUUGUCAGUCAGUUUGCCUGACGAAAGUAACCCCUGGGCGUCUUCGGCGAAUUCUGCCGCAGCAGCAGCAGCAGCAGCACCGGUUGGUCUUGGACUAGGUGUUGAUGAAGAAGGAAGCGUACCAACAGAGUUUAGAUUAAGCGUAGUAACGCCUAGUCCCAGGAAGGAAAAGACAGGGGAAGGUUUGGAAUCCGGGGCUGGAUUGAGUUGAACCGGGGAUAAUUAGCGUAUAUACAUUAUAAUCCGAGUAGUUCAUGGUAGAUGUACAUAUAAUGAGUAGCUUCGUUAAAUGGGAA